AUCGCGAUCAUCAACGAUCCGUACAACAGUGCCGGAGUUUACUCGUUUUUGUACAAAUAAAUAAGUGUCUGUCUUACAUAAAAUUUGUGUUAAAAAAACGACAGUGUUCCGCUUCGUUGUUCCUGAGCUUCAAAAUUUUCUCCAAAUUUCUUCAGUUCAUCGUUCGAAAUCACACCAGGAUGGCUGAACCCAAAGCCGAUAUCGCUCUCAUUGGCCUGGCCGUCAUGGGUCAGAAUCUGAUCCUUAACAUGGACUCGAAGGGCUUCGUCGUCUGCGCGUACAACAGAACCGUCGACAAGGUCAAACAUUUCCUCGACAAUGAAGCCAAGGGUACGAACAUCAUUGGAGCUACUUCCCUGCAAGAUAUGGUCAACAAGCUGAAGACACCCCGAAAGAUCAUGAUGCUGGUGAAAGCCGGCAGUGCGGUCGAUGAUUUUAUUAACCAACUGCUUCCAUUGAUCGCGAAGGGCGACGUCAUCAUCGAUGGCGGUAACUCGGAACACCAGGAUUCGGCCCGGCGGUACGAAGAACUGAAGGCCAAGGGCAUUCUGUACGUGGGAUCUGGUGUAAGUGGCGGAGAGGAAGGAGCUCGCUAUGGUCCCUCCCUGAUGCCCGGAGGCCAUCCGGACGCUUGGCCACUGAUCAAGGAUAUAUUCCAGGCAAUUUGCGCCAAAUCCAAUGGUGAUCCUUGCUGCGAGUGGGUCGGCGAAGGAGGUGCUGGCCACUUUGUCAAGAUGGUCCACAACGGUAUCGAGUACGGUGACAUGCAGCUGAUUUGCGAAGCCUACCAUCUGAUGUUAGCUCUCGGUAUGACCCAGAAGGAAAUGGCCCAGGAGUUCGACGAAUGGAACAAGGGAGUAUUGGAUUCGUUCUUAAUCGAAAUCACUCGUGACAUUUUGAACUACCAAGACGAGGAAGGUUAUUUGCUGGGGCGUAUCAGGGACACCGCUGGACAAAAGGGUACCGGAAAGUGGACGGCAAUUGCCGCUUUGCACCAUGGCGUUCCGGUGACGCUGAUCGGUGAGGCUGUGUUUGCCCGUUGCUUGUCCGCGCUGAAGGAGGAACGUGCCAAGGCUAGCAAGCAGCUGGCUGGACCGAACGUUAAAGCUUCCGUUGCUGACCGUAAAGCAUUCCUGACUCACAUCCGCAAUGCUCUGUACUGUGCCAAGAUCGUCUCGUACGCCCAGGGUUUCAUGCUGCUACGCGAGGCCGCCAACGAGUACAAGUGGAACCUCAACUACGGAGGCAUUGCUCUGAUGUGGCGUGGAGGAUGCAUCAUUCGCAGCGUCUUCCUCGGUAACAUCCGAGAUGCGUUCGUACGCAACCCUCAGUUGUCCAAUCUACUGUUGGCUGAUUUCUUCAAGAACGCCAUCGUCAAGAACCAGCAAUCAUGGCGCGAGGUUGUCAGCCAGGCCGUUUUGUGGGGAGUACCAGUUCCGGCCAUGUCGGCCGCAUUGGCCUUCUUCGAUGGGUAUCGCUCGGAACGUCUGCCAGCCAAUUUGCUCCAGGCGCAGCGGGACUACUUCGGUGCGCACACCUACGAACUGUUGGGCAAGGAGGGUAAGUUCGUGCACACCAACUGGACCGGCAAGGGUGGAAACGUCUCGGCCAGUACCUAUUUGGCUUAGAUGCGCAAGAUGGCGAGCCCAAUGUCCACCGAACCCCCACAUUCCCGGCUAUCGAGGCCUCUUCACAGAAUCCAGAUGAUGGUACACAUAUUUUCCACAUAAAAAGUCGUUAUUUAUUGUUGCUCUUUCGAUAGGAUUUCGGAAAAUGUUUUUGUAUAAAAAUGAUUGUUUAGUAUCAA